AUUUUUGGCAUUAUUUCUUCAAUGACCAAUAUAUCUCUAUGAAAAGCAUCCAUCUUUUUAUCAAACCAAAAAUCCUAUUCACUACAUAACAAUGGAAAAAGAAAGGAAUGUUUGUAUAGUAGGAGCAGGCAUUAGUGGGCUAUUAGCAUGCAAAUAUGCCCUUGCUAAGGGUUACCAUCCCUUAGGUUUUGAGUCCCAAAACACCAUUGGUGGUGCUUGGACUCAAACGGUUGAGACUACAAAACUCCAAACACCAAAAUUCUUAUACCAAUUCUCUGAUUUUGUUUGGCCUUCUUCAGUUGAAACACUAUACCCUAAGAAAGACCAAGUAUUUGAUUACAUUCAAUCUUAUGCUAAGUAUUUUGAUUUACUUAAACAUUUUAGGUUUAAUACCAAGGUGGUGAGUAUUAAGUAUGAAGGUACAUCUCAUGAAGAGAUCCAAUCUUGGGCUCUUUGGGGUGGUAAUGGUCAUCCCUUUGGUGGUAAUGGUAAAUGGAUUGUUACCGCUCAAGAUCUACUCAACCAAUCAAUCAAGGAGUAUGAAGUAGAUUUUGUGAUAUUGUGUGUUGGAAAAUUCACUGGUCUACCAAACAAACCAGAAUUUCCCAUUGGCAAAGGGCCAGAAGUAUUUGAAGGAAAGGUUUUGCAUGCAAUGGAGUAUGCUGCUUUAGAUGAUGAAAGUGCAAGAGAUUUGGUUAAGGGAAAACAUGUUAUUGUUGUUGGCUUCCAGAAAUAUGCACUCGAUAUUGCUACCGAAUGUUCCAUUGCUAAUGAAGUAGAACAUCCAUGUACAGUGUUGUAUAGGACACCCCAUUGGCAUAUGCCAGACCAAUUUCCAUGGGGAAUUGCUAUCGGCUACCUGUAUUUGAACCGCUUUUCUGAGCUAUUGGUCCAUAAGCCCGGUGAAGGUCUUCUAUUAUAUUUCCUUGCUUGUAUUCUCUCUCCUCUGAGAUGGGGAAUCAGCAAAUUAGUAGAGCUUUAUAUAAAAAGAAAGCUUCCUCUCAAGAAAUAUGGAGUAAUACCAAAGCAUAGCUUCUUACUAGAGAUGAAUUCUUGUGGGAUUUCGACGGUGCCAAAAGGGUUUUAUGAAAAUGUUGAAAAAGGAAGCAUUAUUUUGAAAAAAUCCCCAAACACUAUAAGCUUCUUCAAAGAAGGUGUUGUACUUGAUGAGCAUGAAUAUGUUAAAAGUGACUUGGUGAUUCUUGCAACUGGUUUUAAUGGCGAUCAAAAGCUUAAAGACAUUUUUGAAUCUCAAACAUUUCAAGAUUAUAUCUACGGUUCCUCUAAGGACUCAGUUCCUUUACACAGAGAAUGCAUACAUCCAAGGAUUCCACAAUUGGCAAUAAUUGGAUAUUCAGAGAGCAUUUCAAACUUAUUCACUUCAGAAAUGAGAUGUCGUUGGUUAUUUGAAUUUCUGGAUGGAAAAUUUAAAUUGCCGAGCAUUCAAGAAAUGGAAAAAGGAAUAUUAGAAUGUGACAAGUACAUGAAAAGGUAUUCUGGCAAGUAUUACAGGAAAUCUUGUAUUGGUGCAUUGCAUGUUUGGUAUAAUGAUCAACUUUGCAAGGAUAUGGGCUUGAACCCAAUGAGAAAGAAUGGAUUUUGGGCUGAAUUAUUUGAUCCUUAUGGCCCAAUGGACUAUGUUUAAUACUUAGAGCCAACUCUUGUGAUAGACCGUUUUUUAAAUAAUUGUAUUAGUUGGCUAUUUAGCCCAUGUGUGAAGGUUGUCUCACACAAGAAUUUGUUAGGUAUUUAUUAGACAUUAAUUAUUUCACAAAAUUACUUUUAAGCUGUAUUUGACCUUUUUUUAGCUUUCUAUUAUUAAAAUCCGUGUCAGU